AUGAUCACCACGGACUGUGAAAAGACCUUCGAUGGUCAGAAUAUGAAGGCUCGUAUAGCGUCGAUUUUCGUACUUCUUGUCGUUUCUGCUGCCGGGUCGUUUUCACCCAUUCUUGCCAUCAAAUACCAGCGUAUUGGUGUGCCCAGUUGGAUCAUCUUCGUGGCCCGCUACUUCGGUAGUGGAGUCAUUCUAGCCACAGCUUUCAUCCAUCUUCUAGGAGAGUCCAAUGACAGUUUUGCCAGUCCAUGUAUCAGUGAAUUCUUUAAAGAAUAUCUGUGGGGUUCGGCACUUGCCUUAAUGGGCGCUUUCACGAUGUUCUCUAUCGAAGUAAUUACUCAGAGACUCAUGGAUAUAAAGACUAGAAAAGACGCUCUUUUGGCCGAAAAUUCAUCUGAUGAUGGGGAAUGCGAGAAUGGAAUCAUUUGCUACGAUAGAACGAAAAAUGGCUCUUUGAGAAACAGUAUGUCGCUGGAGACUGCCGCUCCUCGUUCAAACGACCUCGAAGCUGGACUACAUCCUCUGGGCAGUCAUGCCUCUGGUGCAAACGACUUGCAACAAGAGAUCGAGGAAGAUCUUUCGGACGUAUCAGUUGUCUCCAGACAUAACAAAGAAGCAGGCACAUUGCCCAGAAAAGACCUGGCCUCAGUUCUCGAGUCUACCAUUGAUCAACCCACCACCGCAGAAGAACAGACUGCCUUCCAAAAAAUCUUCAACAUUUUUCUUCUUGAAUUUGGUAUCAUCUUCCACUCUGUUUUUGUGGGACUCUCGUUGGCAGUUGCUGGAGAGCAAUUCAUUACUCUUUUCAUAGCCAUCUCCUUCCAUCAAUUCUUUGAAGGUCUUGGACUCGGUGCAAGGUUUGCAACAGCCAAAUGGCCGCACAAGAUGCGUCGCUUCCCUUGGUACCUCUCACUCGCUUACAGUUUGACGACACCUAUCGGAAUUGCUGCUGGCUUGGGUGUUCGUCAUCUCUACUCCAACAACGAUGGAACUUCUUUGAUCGUAGUUGGUGUUUUUGAUGGCUUUUGCUCUGGUUUACUUAUUUACAGUUGUUUGAUUGAAUUUAUGGCCAGAGACUUCUUGAUAGAUGCCGACUUAAGAGAGGCGAAGCUUGGGUGGUUGGUUCUCGCAUAUGGUAUGUUUUUGUUGGGAACUGUAUUCAUGGCACUUGUCGGAAAGUGGGCCUAG